UAUCGCAUCCGUAAAAUAUCCCGUUUGUGUUUGUCCUUUUCGAAAUCAAAUUUAUCCAAUUUUACCUCUUUUCCUCGAUUAUUAUUAACCUGUCGACGAUGAUUUGCAUUAUUCUUGUUGCUGGACAUGGGACAAUUUUAGAAAAUGAAAUUAAGGAAGAUUCAUCAGGUAGAUACUGUUCUCUGGAAGGAAUCCCCAAGGCUCUUCUUCCUGGAGUUGGUGGCAGAAAGAUACUUGAUUACUGGUGGGAUGCCAUCAAUACGAGACAGCACUUCAAAGAGGUCUACUUGGUGACUAAUGCUGACAAAUACAAGCACUAUGAGAGGUGGGCUACAGCCAGAGACUUCCCUGUGGAUAACAUCAUCAAUGAUGGAACCACAACAUUCAAUGGAAGAUUAGGAUCUGUAGGUGAUCUUGAUCUUGUGUUGAGAAACAAACAUAUUCAAGAUGAUAUCCUUGUGGUGGCAGGAGACAUGCUUUUUCAAGAUCACAAGUUUGAUAUCACUCAAGUGAUACACUACUUCAGGAGAAAGGAAGGUGAGCUGGCCAUAUACUAUGACAUGGAACCAACAGAGAACAUAACAAGUAGAGGCAUAGUGGAAGUGUGCCCUCAAACUAAUAGGAUCACCCAGUUUCUUGAGAAGCCCAGUAAGACCGAGACCCAGUCUCGUCAAGCUAGUGUUGUCUUCUACUGCUUCCAGAGAGAGACUCUUUCAUCCAUCCCAACAUUCCUCCAAAACAAUCCUGAUGUCAAGCAAAGGACAUUUGGUGAAUACAUGCAAUGGUUGAUAAAUGAGACACAGCACGAGGUCUACGGUAUGAAACUACCAACAGGAUUCCAGCUUAUCGGACAGGUGGGAUUAGCUGACUAUGAGAAGUGGCUGCUGUUCUUCUCAGAUAAACAGACCGACCAGAGAUGUAUGGUACCAUACACAGCCAAAGCUUAUGCAAGGAUAGGUUUAAUGGGUAACCCGUCUGAUGGUUUCCAUGGUAAGACCAUCUCUGUUUCCAUCAAGAACUUCUGGGCCGAGGUGACCAUAAUUGAGAGUCCCAAGCUGAUCUUGGUGCCGCACCCUCUGAAUGACCCGACUGAGUUUGGUAGUCUUGGUGACCUUCAUGGGAUCAGUCGUAAGGAAGGCUACCUAGGAGGGCUGAGACUCCUGCAAGCUACCUGUAAGAAGUUCUACCAGUACUGCUCAGAACAAGGGAUUGCCCUUCCCAAGAGAAAUUUCAAGCUGAAAUACGACACCAACAUUCCUCGACAAGUGGGAUUGGCUGGUAGCAGUGCCAUUGUAGCAGCCACUCUCAGAUGUCUGAUGCAUUUCUUUGAUCUCAAUAACUCAGACCUUCCGAAGCCUCUGCAGCCUCAGUUCAUCCUAGAUGUUGAGAUUGAUGAGCUCUUCAUCAGUGCAGGUCUACAGGACCGUGUGAUCCAGGUCUAUCAUGGAGCUGUCUACAUGGACUUCUCUCAGACCAUCAUGGAGCGACAGGGCCAUGGGAUCUAUGAGUACAUAGAUCAGGACCUGAUCCCUGGUCUAUGGUUGGCCUACAUCAGGAACCCCAGUGAUUCAGGGAAGAUUCAUCAUGAUGUGAGAGAGAGAUGGAUAGCGGGAGAUAAGGAUGUUCAUGAGGCAAUGAAGACCUUUGCUAAUCUUACCGAUCUAGCCAGAUCUGCUCUUCAAAUUGGCAACCACAGUGAACUGCUAAAGCUGAUGAAUUCAAACUUUGACCUACGCAGAGUGAUCUAUGGUGAUGCAGUGAUUGGAGCAGAGAAUCUGAGAAUGAUACAGCUUGCUAGACAGUAUGGAUCAUCAGCCAAGUUCUCAGGCAGCGGAGGUGCAGUCAUAGGUCUUUGUUUAGAUACAGAUAAACUGGCUGAGCUGAAAUCUGCGUUCCAAACAGAGGGCUUCGUAGUUUGUGAUGUCAUCCCUAAUCCACCAAUCACAGACAACAAUGGCUCAGCCGCCAGAUGACUUGUAGAUUGAUCUAUUUCUUGCAAUGACCCAAUCAUGAGAUUGACCUAUUUUAUUUUUUAUUUAUUUAUUUAUUUAUAUUUCACCAGGGUAGCCCAUUCAACAAAAAGUUGGUCUUCCAUGAGGCCCUGUAAAACAUGUAUAUACAAUUAAAAAGAUAAAACAAACAAUUAGGUAUGAAUACAUUAAUAGAACAGUAUUACAUAUUGAAAAUAAAUAUACAAUAUCAAACAUAUUAAUCAGUGUCAAUUAUGAUGAAUGCUAUUAUAAAUAGAUCACUUGCUAAGAGAGUAAAGGAUUAAGUAAAAGAAGCGAGAGAGA